AUCGUAGGGCAGUACCCCCACACCUCCCGACGUGUCCCGAAGCGCUAGCCCCCGCCCUCCACCUCGCGCUCCGCAUGCCUGACACCUUCCCACCACGCCCCCACCCUUCGCCCUUUUUCCCCAUCCCCACCCCCACCAGGUCGAGCGAACCCUCACUGACCACGGGCCACCCCCAGAUCGUGGGCGCCAGGACUUGACGGCGUUAGCUUAUCGGGGACUCCGUCGUCUGCCUUAUCCACGGUUAGCUAACCGCGGUCGGGCCCGGGUCAGGCGCGCGACCGUCCGCUUUAUAAGCGCGCAGCCCUUGGACUCGUCUCCCUCGUCCCCAACCCACACACUGCCCACCGGUCUUUCUCACACAACACAGCCACACAGGGAUAUAAGCUCAGUCCACGAGAUCUCCCGUAGACCAGUGGCGAGGGAAGGAACGAAACAGAGCCCGAUCCUAGCGACAGGCCAGGGAAGAUCGCCAUGAUGAUGAUGGGCGAAGGCGUGAGCGUGCCGCCGUGGUCCCACCACGUCCCCGUGAGCGGCGUCGACGCCGGCGUCGGCGGCGACGAGAUGACGCCGUACCUGCUGGCGGCGCUGCGGCAGUACCUGCCGUGCAACGACGCCGGCGCCGCCGAGGCGGACGACGAGGAGGCGGCGGCCAUGGCCGCGGGCGUGGACGGCUACGGCUGCGACGAGUUCCGCAUGUACGAGUUCAAGGUCCGGCGGUGCGCCCGCGCGCGCAGCCACGACUGGACCGAGUGCCCCUUCGCGCACCCGGGGGAGAAGGCGCGGCGGCGCGACCCGCGCAGGUACCACUACUCGGGCGCCGCCUGCCCGGACUUCCGCAAGGGCGGGUGCAGGCGCGGCGACGCCUGCGACUUCGCGCACGGCGUCUUCGAGUGCUGGCUCCACCCGGCGCGCUACCGCACCCAGCCCUGCAAGGACGGCACGGCCUGCCGCCGCCGCGUCUGCUUCUUCGCGCACACCCCGGACCAGCUGCGGGUGCUCCCGCCCACGCCGCAGCAGUCUAGCGCCAGCCCCAGGGGCGCCGGCGCGCUGCCCGAGUCCUACGACGGCUCCCCGCUGCGUCGCCAGGCGUUCGAGACCUACCUCACCAAGAGCAUCGUGUCCUCGUCGCCGACCAGCACGCUCCUGUCGCCGCCCAAGACGCCCCCGUCCGAGUCGCCGCCGCUGUCGCCGGACGGGGCCGCCGCCGCCUUCCGCCGCGGGUCCUGGCCCGGCGCCGGGUCCCCCGUCAACGACGUCCUGGCCUCGCUCCGCCAGCUCCGCCUCGGCACGGCCAGCUCGUCCCCGUCCGGCGGGUGGGGCGGCUACCCGGCGUCCGCGGCUGCCUACGGGUCGCCCACAGCGGGCGGGCUCUACAGCCUGCCCUCCACCCCGACAGCCCUCGCCACCGCCUCCGGCUACAUGCCCAACCUGGAGCCGCUUGACGUCAGCUUCGGCGGCGACGAGGAGCCCGUGGAGAGGGUGGAGUCCGGGCGGGCCCUCCGCGCCAAGGUGUUCGAGCGGCUCAGCAGGGAGGGCGCUGUUUCCUGCUACCCAGCUGCCGGAACCGGUGGCCCCGACGUCGGGUGGGUCUCCGACCUCAUCAACUGAGGCGGCUUCGGCGGCGGGUCGGUGCUGCAUAGCAGUGGAGAAAAGGUGGUGGUAACUGGUAAGCCGUAACAGAGAAGGAUGGCAUAAAAAAAUGUUCCCCUUUGGUUCCAGAUAAUUCCGCUAAUUACCCUGUACAUAGAUAUCUAUCGCCCUGUGAAUAUUCUCGGCUGGUUGGGUGGAGGGCUGAUGCUAGGGGGUGGAUUUGUUUUGGGGUUCUUGAGGUAGCGGAAAAUUUCCAAGGAAAAGAAAAUAUGUAAGGAAGUGUAGAUGUCGUAGGCGGCGGCGGCGGCGGCGGUUUGUGCCCUCUUGUGUGCUGCGAAGCAUGGCGAGGGCCGACGGUGACGACGAAGACUGGCCGGAUUUCCAGCUUUGGUGUUCCUGUGAUUCCGCAACAAGUUCAGUUUGAUGUUGUUUCAAGUUCUUCCGUCGCCUGUGCACUAUGCAUCCGGCUAGUUGGCGAUUGCAACCUGCUUGUGGAUUACUACCCCCAUUUUGUUGUUGAUGUUGAUGUAAUCUGUUUAUUAAGACCCAGCAUUCCCCUACAGCUUAUUUUGUUGUACUUACUAUAUAUCUUUAGUAGGUGCCGAAAUCUCAGUUCACCCGCUAUUGGAGGUGAAUUUGCCGUGUAAUCUUUGGAUCAAGUAAAUGGUUUAAUGUCCGUCGCCCA